AAACACCCCAACCUUUAUAACCACAUAUUCAGAUACUGAACUUUGCGUUGAUGAUUUGUAACCUUAUUAAUCAUUAAUAGAAAUUUAUUUGUAUGCUGUCCUUUCUUUUUCGGUUAAGGCAGGGAAAGACUAGUUGAAGGUAAGUCUGUGUGAUACAUUCGUGUCUUUUAAUGUACAAUCAGUGUACAUGGUGAUGCGCAAAGGGACGGUUUUAAUACGAUUAUUGCCGUGAUGUUUAGCUUUAAUGCAAAGUUACUUAUUUGUAAUAUUUUGUACAAACACACGCUUGGGUGGCAAAGUGAAGGGGGAUCCCACCUCCAGGGUUUGCCGAUCGGGAUCGGACAGAAGGCGGUGCUAAGUCGGGAAUUUGGUUUCGAAUACAGUAACUAAAAUAAACUGACCGCUUGUGUGCAUUUUAGUAACAUAAUAACCAGAGACGCCAUACUCCCUCCGCGCAUCUUUCGCUAUAUUCAUUAACAUCUAGAAGCUUUAUUUUGUCGCUGAUUUCACUGGAGCUCAGUACCCGGCCGCGAAGCGUGGUGCCAGGCGGAAUUCUGCUGUUACACUCACGGACUUUGGAGUGACGCGGUGGCAGAUCAUGGCAGAGAAGCUGCUGGUGAUAGAUACGGACUGCGGCGUCGACGAUGCCCAGGCGAUCAUGAUGGCGCUGGUCGCCCCCGGCGUGCGGCUGCUGGGCAUCACCUGCUGCUUCGGGAACACUUCCGCGGAUAACGUGUGCCGGAACGUGCUGCGGGUGCUGUCCGUGUGCGACAGGACCGAGAUACCUGUGUUCCGGGGUGCCAUGUCCACCCUGGUGGCGACCCCCAACCUUCCCAUCAGUCACUUCGGCACUGAUGGUCUGGGGGACGUUCUGGAAGACAGCCAGCCAGAUGCGUGGAGGACGCAGAUCCAGGGGGAGCACGCCGUGAACGCGCUGAUAAGGAUGGUGUCAGAGAACGAGGGGCAGGUUUCUCUUGUGGCGCUGGGGCCUCUGACAAACCUCGCUCUGGCUGUAAGACUAGACGAAGAGCUACCGAAAAAGCUGAAGGCUCUUUACAUCAUGGGAGGCAACAUGGAAGGUAAAGGGAACCGCACAAUAUGUGGAGAAUUUAAUUUUGUGAUGGACCCAGAAUCAGCUUAUAUCGUUCUGGAAGAGUACCUCUGCCCUACUUACAUUGCAUCAUGGGAGUUUACCUGCAGAAACAAACUGUCAUGGGAUUUUUUCGAUGCACUGGUGAGCCAAGACACACCAGCAGCCCGCUUCAUGAAAAAGAUCACGUCCAAGUACUACUGCAGGGACGCAGUGACGAGGAGGGGCGUCCUUUUUGGACAGGGCUUUGUGUCAUACGAUGCGUACGCCAUGGCCGCGGCCAUCGACUGCAGCGUGGUGACCGAGAGCGUGCUGUGCCCAGUACGCGUGGAGCUGCAGGGGGCGCUGUGCCGCGGCAUGAUGGCCCUGGACCAGACCCACACGCUUGGGAAGCAGCACUGCGUGGCGGUCAUGACAGCCUGUGACACUGAGAAGCUGGCCACUCUGCUCAUGACAGCCCUCGAUCAGCCUCGGGGGGCUCGAGACUCACAAACUGCCAGAUUGUGAGGGGGGGGGGGUGUCCUAGGAAGGA